UGGGACAACAACGCAGUCGCAGUGCACACGCGGAUUGUAGCUAGUAGGAGAUACUGCUAGCUUGUUUGUUUAGGCAUCUUGUUGACUUUAAGGUGUUUGGUGGCCGACAGGUUGGGAAGUUGUCAUGGGGAAGAAGAAGGCAGGAGGAGGAGCAGGUCUCGGCAGAGCUCUGAUAAAAGAGAGACUCCACGCGAACCGAGGAAACAAGAAGGUCGACUCCUGGCUGCACACCAGUGAGCUGAACGAUGGUUAUGACUGGGGUCGGCUGAACCUCCAGUCGGUGACAGAACAGAACUCCAUGGAUGACUUUCUGGCCACUGCUGAGCUGGCAGGAACAGAGUUUGUUGCAGAGAAACUCAACAUCAGGUUUGUUCCAGCCGAAGCCAGAGCAGGUUUGCUAACAGCAGAGGAGAAAGCCAGGUUGAAGAAGCUACACGAAGAAAACAAGCACUUCCUUCGAAUUCCUCGGCGCCCCCAUUGGGAUGAAAGCACCGCUCCAGAGGUUCUUCAGCAGGCUGAGAAGUACAGUUUCCUGGAGUGGAGGAGAGAACUUGCACGACUGGAAGAGGAACAGAAGCUGAUUCUCACACCCUUUGAGAGGAACCUUGAGUUCUGGAGGCAGCUGUGGAGAGUGAUUGAGAGGAGUGAUGUCGUCGUUCAGAUCGUCGAUGCCAGAAAUCCUCUGCUGUUCAGAUGUGUUGACCUGGAGCUGUAUGUGAAAGAGGUGUCUCCACAUAAAGUGAACCUGAUUCUGGUGAACAAAGCGGACCUGCUGACCAGGGACCAGAGGAGAGCCUGGGCCAGAUAUUUUGGGAAAGAAGGUCUGAGGGCCGUUUUCUGGUCGGCCCUGGCUGAAGGCAACAGGCUGGACGCUGAGGACAAGGGUGUAGAAAUGGAUGAUCCAGAAUGUGAAGACAGUGAUCCAGAAGCACGUGGAUCGCCAUGUAAUGAAGACCUGAGCCAAAAAAUGAUGAACGAGGAGGACGAGAGUGAUGUGGAGGAGGAGGAGGAAUGGCAGACCUGCUCAGAGGGUGAAGAGGAGAGAGGAGGAGGAGGAGGAGGAGCGUCCUGUGAAUCCUUUCACAACUCGAGCCGGCUGCUGCAGAAGGAUGAGCUGCUGAACGUGUUUAAAGACGUUCACACUGGGCCCAAAUGUAAAGAGGAGCAACUGACCAUAGGACUGGUCGGGUAUCCCAACGUGGGGAAAAGCUCCACCAUCAACACGAUCCUGAGGAACAAGAAGGUUUCUGUUUCAGCCACACCUGGACACACGAAGCACUUCCAGACUCUGUACGUGGAGCCGGGCCUGUGUCUGUGCGACUGCCCUGGUCUGGUCAUGCCCUCGUUCCUUUCAACCAAAGCUGAGAUGAUCUGCUCUGGGAUUCUGCCCAUCUGUCACACGAUCCCUCGGCACGUGUUGGAGGGCACGUACGGCAUCAACAUCAUCAGGCCCAGAGAGGAUGAAGACCCCGACAGGCCUCCCACCUCUGAGGAGCUCCUAAUGGCUUACGGAUAUAUGAGAGGUUUCAUGACGGCGCACGGCCAGCCCGAUCAGUCCCGAUCAGCUCGGUACGUCCUGAAGGAUUACGUCAACGGGAAGCUUCUGUACUGCCAUCCUCCCCCACACAUCAACCCUGAAGACUUCCAGCCGCAGCACGGCGAGUUCCAGACGAGAGAGCCGGACAGCUGCGACCCGUCUGCAUCAACACACAAACAACCCAAAAUCAAAAGAAUUGAAAAUGUUGUCGACAAGAACUUCUUCCAUCAGGAGAACGUGCGAGCGCUCACCAAAGGGGUGAAAUCCAUCAUGGGCUACAAACCGGGCAGUGGACCUGUUGGACCUGGGAACUCAGAACCAGAGGCGGUGGUGGGGAAGCCCUGGAAGAAACACAGCAACAGGAACAAAAAGGAGAAAGUACGGCGGAUUAAUAAGCACCUGGAUGCUUGAUGAUGAUCUGAUAUAAAAACUCUAACAUGAUUCUAGAUGAAUUCAACACAUCAUGCCAAGUUAUUCUGGGUCAAGACCCUUUAAUCCCAUCAUUAUGAAGAGGUCUUGAUCUGAACAGAGGAGCUGCAUCAUCUGCCAGGUGCUGCUCUGCUUUGGAGAUUUUUCACCAACUGAUGGACCUUUCAUCCAGAGAGGGAGACAUGUUUUAGGCUUUUACAACAUAUGAGUCUUUAUUAAUGCUGCUCUUACCUACAAGCAGUGAUUUAUAUAAAACAGGCUCCAAUAUAAACUAAAUCUCUUUAUAUUGCUGUCACUUUUUUGUUGCUUUAAUACAACUUUUUUCUUCAUAAAAUUUUGUUUCAAAAUGAAAUAAAUUAUAUGAAAAAAACA